AUGGAGCCACCGUCUGCAUUGACUCAGGUCAACUUCAAGUGCAACUAAAUAAUUUGCACCCCUUUUCACUCAAGUCAUCGUGAUUCAUGAAAAGCGAAAAUUCUAUAACUUCCAGGAAGCUGAGGAGAAAGUUAGCAGGAAUUUCCACGAAGUUCAAAGUCCGCGGUCAAGCCAUCUGAACUCAUUGCAAUAGGACUAUUUGGAUUCCACUUUUCAAGUAAAGAAUUCAAGCGAGGAACACAUUUCAUCCCACGUCCCCACAUCACACAAAUAACGCCAUUGCAGAAUGGGUAUCCCAUAACUUAAACUAUUAUUGUCUCUGAACUUUGAUCCUUUGUUUUUUGUCUUUUUUUCGUCUAUAAAUACAAGCCACUCAUUUCGACCCUUCCACACUCAACCAUUUGUACAUCAUCAUCACCUCCAUCCCCAUUACUAGAUAACAGAAUAAAUGGAAACUCCGUCUUGGGCUUCUUACUUAGCAGCAUGGCUUGCCACAAUAGCCCUCGUCCUCCUCUCCCUCCGUCUCCGCCGUCGCCGUAAAUUAAACUUGCCGCCGGGUCCAAAGCCCUGGCCCAUAAUCGGCAACCUCAACCUCAUCGGCUCGCUUCCCCACCGAUCCAUCCAUGCCCUUUCCCAAAAAUACGGGCCCAUCAUGCAACUUCGGUUCGGGUCAUUCCCCGUUAUCGUGGGCUCUUCUGUUGAAAUGGCCAAGGCCAUUCUUAGAACUCAUGAUGUUGCCUUCGCUGGCCGGCCUAAAAUUGCUGCAGGCAAAUAUACUACUUACAAUUACUCUGACAUUACAUGGUCGCCGUACGGCCCGUAUUGGCGUCAAGCACGUAAAAUGUGCCUAACGGAACUUUUUAGUGCGAAACGCCUGGAGUCAUACGAGUAUAUCCGAAGAGAAGAAAUGAAUUUGUUGCUAAAAGGCUUGUGCAACUUAUCCGGUUCCCCGAUUUGUUUGAAAGAUCAUCUUUCGAGUUUGAGUCUUAACGUAAUCAGUAGGAUGGUGUUGGGGAAAAAAUACACGGAGGGGACUGGUGAAAAUGAGAUUGUCACCCCAAAGGAGUUCAAGGAGAUGCUUGACGAGUUGUUCCUGCUUAACGGGGUGCUGGAUAUAGGCGACUCGAUUCCCUGGCUCAGUUUCCUGGAUUUGCAAGGUUAUAUUAAGAGAAUGAAGGCCCUGAGCAAGAAGUUCGACAGAUUCUUGGAGCACGUUUUGGAUGAACAUAAUGCUAGGAGAAAAGGGGUCAAAGAUUAUGUUGCUAAGGAUAUGGUGGAUGUGCUUUUGCAGCUUGCUGAUGAUCCCCAUCUUGAUGUCAAGCUUGAAAGGCAUGGUGUUAAGGCAUUUAGUCAGGAUUUGAUAGCUGGUGGAACCGAGAGUUCAGCAGUGACCGUAGAAUGGGCAAUUUCGGAGCUUUUGAAAAAGCCAGAAAUUUUUGCAAAGGCCACGGAAGAACUAGACAGGGUAAUCGGCAGAGAUAGAUGGGUAGAAGAAAACGACAUUGCGAACCUACCCUACGUCAACUCAAUUGCUAAAGAGACUAUGCGUUUGCACCCUGUGGCACCCAUGCUGGUGCCUCGCCUUGCUCGAGAAGACUGCCAACUAGCUGGUUAUGACAUUCCUAAGGACACUAGAGUUCUUGUAAACGUAUGGACAAUCGGGAGAGACCCUACUCUUUGGGACAACCCCGAUGAAUUUUGCCCCGACAGAUUCAUUGGGAAGGCUAUCGAUGUCAAAGGUCAUGAUUUUGAGCUGUUGCCGUUUGGGGCUGGAAGGAGGAUGUGCCCUGGAUAUCCUCUCGGGAUUAAGGUCAUUCAAGCAAGUUUGGCUAAUCUUUUACAUGGGUUUACUUGGAAAUUGCCUGGAAACAUGGCAAAAGAAGAUCUCAAUAUGGAGGAAAUUUUCGGGCUUUCCACCCCUAAAAAAUUCCCACUUGAGGCUGUGGCACAGCCUAGGCUCCCACUUCACAUGUACUCUCAGUGAUUAUACAGUAUCUUGCUUUCAGUCUCUAUCCAAUAAUUAAGUGUGAGGGUCGAAGAAACAGUAGUGGUUCUUGGUGUUGGUAUCGUGAAAUCAGCCAGUACUUUCUGUUGUGAUAAUGGCAGAUAUGUUGUCCGGCUCUCAAUCCCUCCCAAUUCCCAAUUGCCAAAUUUUACUUUUUUCAUCAGAAAUCAAUGGCGUUUUCUUUUGGAUGUAUUGGUUCAAGCUUGGCAAAACCAUUUAAGCCCGAUGAAUUUUGAGGGUCGGCUCUGAAUUAAGAUUUCGUUUUCAAGGCUGGCUCCGAUGCGAUUCAAUAUUUUAGUGUUUAAAUGAACUUAGAGAUGUAUAACAUUAUCAAGAUUAUAGUACUUUGAUGAUAGGAAGAAUUGGAAUUUCUAAGAUGAGUGAGGAUUAUUUA